AUGGGGAACGCCCUGAGGUUUCUCUACAGUCAUUGCUGCAAGCCCACGGCAGCUGGUGAUUCUGAUUCACUUGGACCUCACGGCGUAUCCUCUGCCAACGUUGGUGUAGCAGCACUUGCCCGUGAUCUAUUUGACUUUGACAACAACUCCCAGGUCCCAGAAGGACUCAGCAAGCAUGUUGUGUCUUCCAAGAAGGCUCAGGCUAAUUGGUAUAGAAAGUUAGUAGAUGCUUGGAAAGAGGCAAAACCCCCACCUAAGACACCUGAAGAAGCAGCUAGACUUGUCAUUCAGACAUUGAAAAGACACCAAAAAGCAGAUGUUGAGGGAUUGUUGGCUUUCUAUGGUCUCCCUCCUCCACACAGCCUCGUUCAAUUAACUGUUCAACCUCCCUCAACCUUGCCUGAUGGAGUUCAAUUUGAAAUGCACACCUUGCCUGUUGAUGCAAAAGCAGUAGCAGAUGGGGAUACUGUAACAGUGUAUGUCAGCACAGAAGACCCCAGGGAAUCGGCCUUUGUCCCUGGCAACGUGCAUGCAGCAGCAGUGAAAAGAUCAGAAGCUCGUGCCCGAAGGAACUUUGAAGAAGCUGAUGCAUUUCACAAACAGAUAAUUGAUUCAGGAUAUCGGGUGAUUACUAUUCAAAGCGAGGAAAUCCUAGCUAAGAAGUAUAGGAUUCGAUUAAGGGGAAUUGAUGCACCAGAAAGUGCAAUGCCAUAUGGAAAGGAAGCCAAAGCUGAACUGAUCAAGAUUGUUCAAGGAAAGUCUUUGAGGGUCCUUGUUUAUGGAGAUGAUCGCUAUGGUCGUUGUGUAGGUGAUAUCUAUUGUAAUGGCAUUUUUGUACAGGAAAUGAUGUUAAAGAAGGGUUUAGCAUGGCACUACAAAGCCUAUGACAAACGGCAGGAACUAGAAACAUGGGAAGAACAGGCCAGAGCAAAGCGUGUUGGGUUAUGGGCUUCAAAAAAUCCCGAGAAGCCAUGGGACUGGAGAAAGGAAAGACGAGAAGGUGCAUGA